AAAGUUCACCUCGACAUAUUUAAUUUAUAUAUAUUUCUAAAAUUGAUGAAUUCAAUAAAUUAAGUGACUAAAACAACACACUUUUAACCUUUUUUAUAAUAUCAUGAUGACAAUAUGUUUUGAUGAAUAUACACAUAUAUAUAUGUAAAUCACAUAGAGAAUAAGGUGUACACUGAAAUAGUUGAAAUAUCGGUCAGACAUUGUGUAUGUUAGUUACCAAAUCAACAUAAUCCAUUGAUCUAGUUAAAAUAUUCAGCAUAGCGUCUACAUUAUACAGUCUGAUAUAAUUAUUACACACAGUGUGUCCCAAUCAUUUUUACCGAUCGUUUAUUACUUCGCUAGAUGAAGGCAUAAAUAAAGCAUUAAAAUAUAUUUCGAUUUGAUUUAAUUCACCUUUAUUUUAUGCUUAUGUCAUUUCAUAUAUUGCAUUAAACGUGAUCACAUUAACUAUUGGAAAGAAAGAAACAAAAAAAAUGAUCUUUUUGAAGUGGAAAGAGUUUGGAAAUUACACAUUUCUUUCUUAUAUUUUUAUUACUGCUAUCAUCCUGUAUUUGUCACCGGUUCAUACUCAAGAUACAACUGGUAAUAAUCUAUGGCAGGUUAUUACUUCUUAUCCAAAUGCAUCCAAAUUUGCAGAUUUUAUCCGUGAAAUGGGAUUACAAAAUAUACUUGAAAGACCUGGUUGCCUUGGUGAUGGUGAAUGUUUAUCUAUAAUAUUGCCAACAAAUGAUGCUAUAGACUUAACUUCUACUGAUUUAUCAUGGUACAGUUCAGGGGAUUUUCAAAAGCGUUUAUUCAUACACGGACAUAUUAUACAGAUAGGUGUUACUACCAGUCAAGCCUCAGUUCGUUUAACAACUAAAGAGUGGACAAAAUUGGGUCAACAGAUGAAUUUCAUUGAUAUUGGAUUCGGUACAGGUAGUGAAUACACAACACUUUUUGUUAAAGAACGGUUUGGAUUUUCUACUAUUGUAAGUCCACGCUGUUUACGCUUUUGUAUACCCAUUUGAAAGUAUUUACGGCUAUAAAGAUGACAUUUUCUAAACGACAAACCUUGACCUUUCUAGAUUUAUUUUACUUAACUACCUCAUCCAUAUCCUUUUUAGAAAAUACUCAUAUAUAAUUAAGUAUCACUAAUCAGCUACCACGUAAACUUUAUAUGUAUUUGUUGUUUAUAUUUCUGAUUAUUAAGUGUCGCUUUUCAGGGAUUUGAUUGAUUACAGGUUUAAUCAGGAGCUGACAUCAGUUACAGAACCCAUGGGAAACCAGGGAGUAUUGGACAGCUGUUUCUUUCUGGCUCGGGGCUCUUCAUCAGUACACACCAGCCCGGAUUUAGGGCCAAGAACUUCCAGUUACAAGGUGGAUUCUAAACCUUCAUAUUUCAUAAAUAAUGCUGAAGUUAUGACACCGGAUAUCAUGGCUUCAAAUGGAAUUAUUCACAUGGUUAAUCGAGUAUUGUACACUCCAUAUAUAACAUCACCAUUUAUGGAAUUUUUACAGAAGCAAGGUAACUUGGGAAUCUCUAAAGAAUUAUGGUACCUGUUAAUACAAGAGCCGAAAUAUGCACCAUACCCAGCACAACCCAUCUAUUCAACUAUAUUUGUCGUCAGUGAUUCUGGAUGGACAUCUAUACCAGCUGCACAGAUGACUAGGCUUAAGGAAAAUGUCACCUUGUUAGCAUCUAUAUUAUCUUAUCAUUACUUUCCGAAUCAAUUAAUAUAUCGUGAAUGGCUUUCAGUGAAGCCUAAAUUAAAUGUUUAUGCAGGAUUCCCCAGUAAACCACAAUCUGCGAGUAGUGUUCAACCAAGUGAACUGAAUCCAGCUCAAUUUUAUAAGAGUGAUGAUGGUUCAAUUCUAAUAUCAAGUGGAAACACUGAAGCAAAACUGGAGGAUAAAAGUUUCAUUAUUCAAAAAGCAAUUAUUCAUAUUAUCAAUAAACCAUUAGCAUUCAUUUAUGAAACACGAGAAGAUAUUUUAAACAGAAUUAAUCCGAAUUUGUUAUCCUUAUGCCGGUCAGACAAAACAUGUAACAGUUUAUUGACAUCAUCUUCUGAUAUAACAAUAUUCUCCCCAAAUACAGCAGCUAUGCAGAAUUUGAAUAAAUUAUCUUUAGCAGACAAAGCAGUUUACCUUAAAUACCUCUUUCUGUCUAUGAAAUUAUAUCUCAAUGAAAUGACUUCUGGUCGCCUACUAUCUAUAGACACUCUAGAAGGUGCAAUUCGCUUCCGAACAAUGGAUCAAACCACUUUCGUCGAAGGUCGACUCCCUAAACAAGGUUAUGUUGCAUCACGUAUCAUCGGUGCUAAUCAAUUAGCAACUAAUGGUAUUGUUCAUUUAAUUGAUGGUAUUCCUGGUUUACCUUAUGAAACUGUUCAACAAUAUGUAGCACGAAUUCCUAAUUUAAAUUUAUAUUACAAUACUGGGUAUAUUCAGUCAAUGACUGUUGGCGAACCGUACACAUUUUUAGUACCAACUAACCAGGCUAUGACUAAUAUGGAUAACGAUAGUUCUGUAGGGAAAAAGCUAUUGGAUGUCAAACUUCGAAGAGAAUUUGUUUUUCGAAGAAAUACAUACCCACUUGACUUAAUAAUUCAAGAUUUGGAUACACAAAAGGUUUAUUCUGUGGCCACAGCUAACUAUGCAUUCACUCGGGAAGAAAUACGCUUGGAUGUCAAAGGUACAAAUUCUGAUAAAGAGGGUUUAUUCACCUAUCAAGGACAAGAGAGUCGAAUAACAUCUUUAAGUGGACCUUAUCAAUUUACAAAUGGUCUAUUAUAUGUUGUAGACAAAAUUCUAUAUUCAAAAUCUGAUCUUGAAGCAACAUUGUGUACUGUAUCUGCUUGUGUAUAAGUUAUUCAAACAUUCAACUGCUUUUCCUGCUUUAUCUUUAUGUCCAUUUACUUUACUUUUUCAAUAUGUUGUGGUGACUUAAUUGGUGAAUUUAGAAAUUGAUCUUUGCUUUAUUUACUAAUCCUAUGAUUAAACAUUUACCUGAGUUCACUCUCUGUUUACAUGUGUAUAAUACCUAGAAUGUGUUUAAACAAUCAGUCAGUGUCAUUUUCAUUAUACCUUUAAACCAGUGAGUUUAGUGUUUAUUUAUUUAUUGAAGGGAUUGGAAUA